ACUUAUUACAAAAAAGCUUUUAAGAAAAAUGGCGUUUAAUCUUGUAUUGUUAUUAUCAACAGUAGUCGCAAUUUCCUUUGGUUACCCAGCAGCCGAUUCGGCCCCAUCUCAAACACCAGUUCCGAUCGUUAAUCAAAGCAGUGAUUUCAAUUUAAACGGAAAUUUCACUUACUCGUAUGAAACCGGAGAUGGAGUCAAAUUACAACAAACUGGUUUUGUUAAACCGAUUCCACCAGGGGAAAGAAAAACUGUCGAUGGAGAGAAAGAAGCAGCCGCCGAAGCUCUAGUUAUCAACGGAUCCUAUUCUUAUACUGCUCCAGAUGGCACAGCUGUCCAAUUAGAAUACACUGCCGAUCAGAGUGGUUUUCAUCCACAAGGAUCUCACUUACCAACACCUCCUCCAGUACCAAAAGAGAUUCAAGAGUUAUUGAAAUCGUUGGUACCUUCAACAGCUACUCCCGGAGAUGCCAAAUAA